AUGAGUGACUAUGAUUUAUUGAAUGAUGAAGAAAUUGAAAAAUUAUAAGAUGAAAUAAUUAGGGAACAUGAGGAAGAAAUCAAAUAUUUAUCAAAUAAAUCCUCUGGUUCACAGUAAAAAGACAUGUCAUUGAUGUUUUAGUAAUCUCAGUAGCGUCCUUAACAAUAAUUAAGUUAGUAAGAAGAAGAGCUAUUGAAUAAUAUGCCUUUCAACAAAUCAACAUUUGCAUCUGCUCAUACAAUUUUAUCAAAGAAUGCCAGCGAAAUGAAAUUUUAAGAAUCACAAGGUGAAGCAAAAGAUCUUAAUACAUUUACAAACAGAAAUAAUGGUGUCAUUAACACUAAAAGUUCUAAAGAAAACAGAUUAGAUACUGAAUUAGAGUAUAGCACAUUUAAUGGAUAAUCAAAAUCUUAAGAAACAUAAAAAGAAAAUUAAAGCAGUAGAAAGAAUAUUCCUAUUCAAAGGAGUAUUAAAAAGACAAAUUAAUCUACUGAAAAGGGUAUCUCAGAAGGUCAGUUUGAUUUGAUGUAAAAUACAUAGAGAAAUUAGGAAGAUAUAAUUUAAGAUAUGAAGUAAUACAUUUAGGAUCUAGAAUAAGAAUUAAGUUUUUUAAGAUAGGCAUCUAGUUAGUAUGAUUAAUUAUGGAAGGAAAACGAGAAUAUGAAAAUUAAAGAAGUUAAACUUGCUGAAUACAUUAUUGAGUUACAAAAUAAGCUUGAAAAUCAAAGCAACUCAAUUAGAAAUUCAACUAUUUAAAAAAUAGAUGAUAUAAAUAAUGAUCUAAUAGAGAAGAAUAUCACUAUUCAAUAAUAAAAUAUAUUAAUUUAAGAACUACAGCACUAAAUAAGCAGAUUAAAAGAAAAUAACGAUGGAUGGAAAAGCUAAAUUGAAAAAGAAAGACAAGAAAAUUAAGAAUUAAGAACUUAAAGAGAUAUGAAUGAAUAAUAAAGAGAGGACCAUGACGAAAAUAGAAAAUACAAAGAUUUGUAUAUGGAAAUUUAUGAAUAAUAUUAAGAACAUAAAAUAUCUUCACAAAACAAAGCCUUUUAAUAAGAAUAAGAGAUUCAAUCUCUAAUUUCUUAAUUAAAUAAAUAUUCGUAAAAUUGCAACUAUGAAUAAGAAUUAUAGAGUAAAAAUAAUGAAAUAUUGGAUCUUGAGUAGUUAAUUUAAAAGAAAGAUUCUUAAAUCUAAGACAUGGAUCAAACCUUUCAGCAAGCAAAAGAUGAAAUUUCUCAGCUCAAUUCUUAAAUAGAGCUCCUUAAAGAUAGAAUUUAUUACUUGGAGCAAGAGCUUUUUUAAAAAGAAAAUCUAAUAGAUGAAUUAUAAAAUUAAGAUUUUGAAGAAAAACAAAGGAAUUUUUUAGAAAAAGAGCAAUUAUUUGAUGCAAUGGCUAACAACGUUUGUAUAUUUAUAAACGAUCUCAGAAAAAGUUAAUGCUUUUCUGUUCUUGAACAAUCCUUUCAUGAAAAUUUUUUACAGUCAAUAUUAAAUCAUAAUGUAGAAAUUCUUGAUUACUACUAAUUAGAUUAGUUUUUAUCAUCAGCAUUAAAAUAAUUAGAGUCAUUUAUGAAUAUAUUUAUAAAUGAAAGAUAAGAAGGAGAAACUAAAAUUUAAUACUUGUAUGAAGCAGAAAUGUAGAUCAAUAAACUAAAGCAAGAUAUAGAAGAAUUAGAAAGGGAAAGAGAAUAAUACUAGCCAAAAGCUAUGGAGACAUUUUAAAUUUAGGAAUAACAAAAAUAAAUUGAAUUGCUUUCUCUUCAAAAAGUAGACCUAGAAGUUAAGAAUAAAUAAAUGCAAGAAAGUGUAAAAGUAAUGAAGGGGGAAUUAGAACAUUUGUAAACAAAGUACAAUAAUAAAAUAGAAAAAAAAAGGAUAUUCUUUGAGAAAAUGAUUGAAAGCAUACUAAAAGCUGUAAACAGUAAGCAGCUUAAUGAGUUAUGUGAAGAAAUUAUUGAAAAGGUAAAAGAUAUUGAAAAAAGAAAGUAUUCAAAGCUUUCUAUAGAAAGAAAAAUAUAAGAAAUUGAUGCAGAAAUAAAAAUUAAUUUGGCAAAAUAAAGCUCAAAGGACAUAGAACCACUCAAAAAAUUUAAAUAAUAAAAAAAUCAAGAGCUAGAAGAUGUCUUAGAGAAAAUAAAAAUUUCUAACUAAAAAAUGUGGAAUGCAUAUGAAAAAAUGAAAGAGACAUGUUUAUAUGAAAAAAGAAUUAAAGAAGAUCUUGUAGAAUGUGAAAGAGAUUACUUAAAACUUAAAAUAUAAUUUGAAGAAAACCGUAAAAAAUACGAAAAUUCAAGCAAUUUUUCAAAACCUAGUUAUUAAAAUCAAUCUUUUGCAAAUAUGAGUAAGUGCUAAGGAUAAACAACUAUAAAAACAUUUAAACCACCUCUUAAAAUAACAUCAGUUUAAUAAUAGCAAUAAUUUAGUAAACAUACUUAAUUAGAGAAUGACUUAAUAAUGCAUAUUCUUUCCAGCGAUAUAUAAUCUUGCUAACCUUCAAAUACAGCAAGAUUAAAUAGAGAAUCUAGGAGUACAUCUCAAAUUACUGGAUAUUAAAAAUAAACAUAAAGAAACUCUUCCUAGAUGGUAGCAAAUAACGAUAUCUCAUAAUUACAAGAUAAUUAUCUUACAGAAAAUUUAGCAACAAAACAAUACAGAAAUUAAAGCUAAAAUAAUAAAAAUAUUAACAAUUAAAGCUAUGCUAUAAAUGACACCAUUAAUGAUAGAGCUUAUGAUAAGUAAAGAAUGUAUACCAUUUAAAAUGAAAGACAAUACAACGAUGAAAACGAUAUAAAUGCCUCUAACACCCAAAGAUAACCUGCUGCUUCUAAAGGUUCUAUUUCUUCAAGAUAGCUUAGUAACAACUAAAGAUAAGAAAAAAAUGAAGUUAUUAUGAGUUUAAAAGAUAAGCUAGAACAUAAUAAAAAGAAUUUAUCUUUAAAUUCAAGAAAAUGA